CGAAGUUCCAAAUUCCAAAGAAUAUUCAGUGAUAGCUGUUUGAAGUGGCGUAUUUUUGUGCCUUGUGAUGUCAGGUGAAGUUGAGACCAUCCAACGUAUAAUCUACGCAUUUGGUCAUCGCACCAUUCCAUUGUUGGCCAAUCCAAACACCACUCAAGCGAUACGAAAAAUGUCUACCUCGGUAUUGGCAACAGAAUCGUCAGACAAAGGAAUGAUAAUUUUGAAUCGGCCAAAAGCUUUAAAUGCCAUUAAUUUGGAAAUGGUGCGCAAAAUUUUUAAACAUUUGAAAAAAUGUGAGAAAACCAAAUCUCUUAUGAUAAUUAAGGGUACUGGCGAUAAGGCGUUCUGUGCUGGCGGUGACGUACGUGCGGUAGUUGAAGCCGGCCCCACAGAGGAAUCAAAGAGUUUCUUCCGUGAAGAAUAUACAACGAAUGCCUUAAUUGGCAAUUACAAAAUUCCCUAUAUUGCUUUAAUUGACGGCAUUACAAUGGGUGGUGGUGUUGGUCUAUCUGUACAUGGCAAAUAUCGUGUGGCCACAGAACGCACCCUCUUCGCUAUGCCCGAAACAGCAAUUGGCCUUUUCCCCGAUGUCGGUGGUUCCUACUUCCUUCCGCGUUUGCAAGGCAAACUUGGUCUUUACCUUGGACUUACUGGAUUCCGGCUUAAGGGUGAAGAUGUGCUAAAAGCUGGCAUAGCAACACACUAUUGUGACAGCUCGAAAUUAAGUGAACUAGAAUCGGCUUUGCUCAACUGCCCUGACGCUGAUGAAGUGCCAGAUAUAUUAACUAAAUUUAAUAUGCCUUCGGCAAAACCAUUUGUACUGGAACCUAAAAUGGAUCAAAUCAAUAAGUGUUUCUCGGGCGAAAGCGUUGAGGAAAUUUUAGAGAAUCUCAAAAAUGAUGGCAGUGAAUGGGCAACAAAAACACUACAGACAAUGGCGAAGAUGUCGCCAACUUCAAUGAAAGUCACUUUCCGUCAAUUGGAAUUAGGUGCAAAGUUAUCAUUGCCCCAGUGCCUUAAUAUGGAAUAUCGUAUUGUAUUGCGUCAUUUGGAAAACAGCGAUUUCAAGGAAGGCGUGCGUGCUCUACUUAUCGACAAGGAUCAGAAGCCCCAAUGGAAUCCCAGCACCGUAGAGGCAGUCACCGAAGAACGUGUGCAGUCGUUCUUUGCAAAAUUGCCCGACACUGAAGAGCUUAAAUUGUAAUUGGAAUAUAUGUGUGCAUAUGUAUUAUAUGCCUGUUUCCCACCCAGCCAAUUAGAAUAACUUCCAGUAGUAGCUGCUUGCUUCGAAGUCAUCCAUUCAAAAAUGUGUUUGUUCGUAACGUACACAUUCCGCGCAUGACGCAUGACUUUUUUUUUUCUUAAAAAGUGUGUUUUUUAUUUUUCCAUACGAUUCCAAUUUUUUAAGUGUGUGUGCCUUUAUUGCAAUGCCGAAAAUUUUUUCUAACAUUCAUGUGUUUAAAUAUUUCGAUUAAUGUUUACAUUUACUAAUUAUUAUUUUUUUUUAUAUAUCAUUAGAAGAAACCCCAUCGUAUUUUUUUACUCAUAACAAUGAUAUUACAGUGCAAAACUAAUUGUAUGUAUUUAUUUUUUUUCUACAGAAAAUCCUAAACUGACAAUAUACAUAAAUACGUACAUACGUAGAGUAACUACAUAUUAAAAAUGAGAGGAAAUAAAGCUAAGAAAAUAGUACCAAACAA